CGUCGAUCUGACCUUGCAAGACAUCUUCGAAUUCAUAGCAAUGAAAGACCAUAUGUGUGCCACGAGGAUGGAUGUGGAAAAAGCUUUAUUCAGCGCUCGGCAUUAAAGGUUCACUCCAGAACUCAUUCAGGGGAAAGACCUCACAUAUGCGAAGACGAGAAUUGUAAAAAAAGCUUUGGUGACAGUAGUUCAUUGGCACGCCACAGGUGA